AUGAGCGACGAGGAGGUGAGUAUACCCCAGGGGGAAAUGCCUGACGAAGCGGAAAUCCAAAGCGGAGAUGACAUAAAUUUUCAAAACUGCACCGAAAGGACAGAUGAAUUAAUCGAAUCGGAGAGCAUGAUGGAGCAGCAGGGUGGUGAGGUGGAGGAGGAAGAACCCAAUCCAGGAGAUGACCCCCAGAGUAAAGACGAAUCGAACAACACACAGGUAGAGGAAGAUCCAACAUGUAAUAACUCCAUUGAUAACAGUUCGCUUCAUGUGGACCUAAACCAUUUGGGUGCCAGUCAAAUGGGUGAAGCUUCCAGUGCACAUGUGAAUGGCGAAACGGGGGAAGCAGCUCCCCCAACCAGCGCCGAAUGGACAAAGGAAAAUGGGGCGGCAAACGUGGAAGGCGGAGCGAAGGAUGAACAAAUGAAUCCGUCUGAGAGUCUCCACGAUGACCCCAAUGAAGGCAGCAAAGACGCACACGAAAAGCAGCCCCAGCAACAGCAACAACAACAACAACAACAACAACAACAACAACAACAACCAGUCUGCAUGCGGCCGUCGAACACCUACCUGCGAAACAUCGUAAGGAAACAAUCUCCGAACAUAAAAAAUAGCAUCCACAAUUUAAGCUUUCCAAAUGUAAACUCCAUGACGUUCGAUCCGUCCUAUGGUGGUGAAGGGCAAAAGUUUUUUGUCGGUGCGGCUGAUCAGGAUGAGGGUUCGGCGAUUAAGAACCCACAGUUACCAAGUGGAGCCACCAUGACGUACUCCACUAACAUUGCCGAGGAAGACCUUCACCAUAUUUACACUCUCCUAAAUGGUGAACUGACCAGGUCGUCAGAAAACGAUAAGGAGAUACACCGAGUGAAGGACGAAAUUAUAAGUUUGCAUAGGAAUAACCCAACUGAAGUACUGACCUUGCAACGAUGUUACGCCAGUGUAAGGGCAAAUAAAAAGUUAAUAGAUGUAUUGUUUGGGUUUCUAGGAGGUGGUACUGUGUGGACUCCUCCCAAAUGGGACUCCUCCUUCAACCACGGAAUCGGAAUGAAUUAUUUAAGCUACGAAACGGUGAAUAACAUGCAUCAGGUGUGGAGACAAGACGUUUCUGCUUGGGGGGGUGCUCAAAACUGGGACAGGGAAAAACAGAAACAAAAACAAAAACACAUUGGUGGUUGUGAGGGAAAUGAGUAUGCCAAUAUGAGAGGUGGGGAUCCAUUUCCCAAUGUAGGGGGAGUAGUAGCAGGAGAGGGUAACCCCAUUCAGUGGAAUAUGCCCCCCCAAGGAUUGCAUACCCAUGGAGGAAUGGCACCAUGGAUGCCCCCCCCUAUGAUGAUCUACGGUAAGCAUGGUCAAGCAGAACAGACGAUGGGUAGUGCUCCAUGGGGUGCAACCACAAUGAAGGACUACCCCCACCACGUGAACACCUUCGAUUGGUUAAACCAAAACGUGCAAACGAAGAAUGAAAAAUAUAAAGGAAAUCCCUUCGGUGUAGAUUAUUACAACCCCCUGUCAGAGGAAGGAAAAAAUUCCAUCGAGUGGAAUAACCCCGGGGAACAAUCCAAGAAGAAUCACCACGAACGUUUGAGCAACCUUUACAAAUGUGUAAGCUGCAAAAAACAGUGCAACCAUGUGUAUUACAUUUUAAAGCCUAACAAUGUUAAAAAAAUAUCCUACGGCGUGUUGGAUAAAUGUGUUUGGUGCAGUGUUUGUUACAAUUCUAGCAAAUACCCUAGCAUUUUGAGCAGGUCAAAUUUUGUGAAGGUAAAUAUACCAUACAGUUUUGUUGGAAACGAUUGGAGCGUUACCGAAGUGGAAAAACUCAUCGACGCAAUUACAAAGUAUAAAAAUGAUUGGGAAAAGAUUAGCGAAUCUGUAGGAACGAAAAGUCCAUAUGAGUGUAUUUUUAAAUUUGCAUCCAUGCCAUUGUCCAACCCCUACUUUGACAUGGAUAACCUUCUUAACGUAAAUGACGUUUCUUUUAAAUCCUUUAAACAAAACAACACUCUGUUGUCACUACUCUCCUUCAUAUGUAACUACAUCAGCCCCUACAUCGGGGCAUACGCGGCAAAGAAAAUCGUAGACUUUAUUCUGAACAAGCAGCGUGAGUGCGUUGCCAAGGUGAAGGAGAACGAACAGAACGAGGAGUCCAAGAAGAGAGAACAGUGGGAGAAGAGGGAAAAUCCAGAUGUUCAAAGGGGGGAAAUAAAAAUGGAGAGUUUCGAGGCGCAACAAUCGGGGGGGCAGCCCCCCUGUGAAGACCAUCCCCCAACUGAGCAACCAAGGGGGGAAGAUCCUACUGAAGCUAAUUCCACUGCCGAGAAACAGGCAAGCGUCGAAACGGAAGGAGCCUCUGAACCGAAGCCGUGCGAAGACGCCCCCCCCGAGGAGCAGCAGGACGAUAUUUCCAAGACGGAAAACCAAGGGGAAGCCCCAAUUGUAUCCAAACCGGCAGAAACAGCGAACCACCAAAUGAGCAAUAACGAGGAUGUUAAAACCGAAACAGGAGAAGAGUCGAACAUCCCCUCCGGCAACCCCGACUUCGUACCACUCAACAUGAACCUCCCGCCAAAGGACAGUGCCUCUUCCACCUACAUACUGAAUGAGAAGGACAUGCAGGAAAUACACAACACAAUUAUUAACGCGUCGAAGAAGAGGGCCCACCAGCUGGCAGAACUAGAGAGGCACAACGUUAGGAAGCUGCUGAAGGAACUUGCCCUGAUAAGCACCAGGAAGGUGAAGCUAAAGCUGAAGCAGUACCAGUACUUGCAAAGUUAUUUUGAAAUCCAGAACAAGCAAAUGGAACGGAAGAGAGCGCGCCACGGUGAGGAAGGGACGACGGAAAAAGAAGAACUAAACAACUCAAACGAACAUGGUGAAGAGAAUGAGAAGGAUACACACGACACGCAGGAUGAGUAG